CGGAGCCGAGCCGUGCAGAGCCGGGAGAGACGGGGCCGCGACGGGACGCGCCAUGCGCUCCUGAUCUGGGCUGUGUCCGCCGAGGAGCACCACGCCGAGCCACGCCGUGCCGGCCCGAGCCGUGCCACGCCGAGCCGAGCCGUGCCGAGCCUCCCGCCCAGCAUGGCCCCCUGGCUCUGGCCGUGCCUCCUGGCCGCCCAGGCCCUGGCCGCCAACUUCCCCUCCAGGUACAGCCUCUACACCGGGGGGGCCGCCUCGCUCGGUACCGUCCAGGCUACGGCCCCGCAGAGCCCCGCCGCGGCCCACAGCGCUGCCCGGGCCGCCAGCCGGCACAGGAACUGGUGUGCCUACGUGGUGACACGCACUGUGAGCUGCGUGGUGGAGGACGGCGUCGAAAGCUUCGUGAAGCCAGAUUACCAGCCCUGCGCCUGGGGGCAGCUCCAGUGCCCCCGCGUCCUGGCGUACCGCAGCUUCCUGAGGCCCCGGUACAAGCUGUCCCAGCGGACGGUGUCGGAGCUGGCCUGGCGCUGCUGCCAGGGGUACUCAGGCGAGGACUGCACAGAGGGGCCGGCGCCAGCUGUCCCCCAGCCCACCGGCCGGCCCCGGCCGCGGCCCGGCCGCCCCACACUCUCCGGCUUCGGCAACCCCCUCAGCGGCCUGGGGGGUGAAGGCGGCGGGGAUGCGGAGAAGGUGCGGCGGCUGGAGGAGCAAGUGCGGCGGCUGAGCGAGCAGGUGGAGGAGCUGCGGGCCGGGCGGGAGCCACCGCUGGAGCACCCACAGCGGGCGGCAGUGGGCGGCAGCCCCGAGGGCGAGCAACCGGCUGACGCGGCCCCGGCCGAGAUGCGGGAGGCACUGAGCCAAGUCCAGCGGCGGCUGGAGGAGCUGGAGACCCACCUGCGGCACCAGGAGGGUGGCCGGGACGGCGCGGUGGCAGCAGUGGAAGGCGGCCCGGCGGCGGCCAUGGCCCUGCAUGAGCUGGAGCGACGCCUGCAGGAGACCUGCGCUGCCUGCACAGCCAGCACUGAGGGGCUGCGGCGGCAGAUGGCCGAGGACCGGGAACGCAUGCGGGCGCUGGAGAAACUGGUGGGCUCGGUGGACCAGCGCAACCGGGAGGCGGUGGAGACGGUGCAGAAGCACAUCAGCAGCCUGAGCAGCCGCCUGGCCCCGCAGCCGCUGCCGGACGACGUGCACCGGCGCCUGGCCGAGCUGGAGCGGCGGCUGGAGGGGCUGCCCAUGGCAGCGGUGGCGGGGCCAGGCGGGCAGGCCCCAGUGCUGGCCCGGAGGCUGGCGGAGCUGGAGGGGCAGCUGAAUGCCUCACGGGCUGGCCCGUGGCUCCCCGAGCCCGAGUGGCGGCAGGGCGGGCUGCCGGGACGUGUGGCCAACCUGAGCCGGGCCGUGGAGGGGCUGGUGGCAAGUGGGGCACAGCGCGGUGCCCGCCUGACCGAGCUGGAGGGGCUGCUGGCCCGCUGCAGCCAGCCCUGCGCAGCACCGCCGGCGGGCAGCCAGGACAGGCAGCUCGGAACACUGGUGCGGCAGCUGGAGCAGCGGCUGCAGGACAGCGAGGGGCAGCUCCAGGCCCUGGGGGCCGGCAGGGACGAGCUGGCAGGGACCCUGCAGGGUCUGCGGGCGGAGGGCGGGGCGCUGCGGGAGCUGCUGGAGGAGCAGGGGGAGGCGCUGGGGCGGCUGCUGGUGCAGCUGGAGCCGGGGGGCACCGUGGUGGAGGAACUGGCACAGCUCCGCAACCGGACGGGGCGGCUGGAGGCUGAGCUGGGGGGCGCGGAUGGCAGCCACUGCCCCCAGCCCUGCACCCCACUGCUGCCUGGAGAGCUGCAGCAGCUGCGGGUUGAGGUGGACGCCUGCACCGCCGCCUGCCGCCCGCCACAGCCCGGCCUCACCGCUCCAGAGCUGGAGCCGGAGGCCCCUCUGGAAGGGUUCAGCGUCUUCGGGGGCACGUUGCCCUUGGAGCUGCGAGUGCUGCGGGCCGAGCUGGCGUCGGCGCUGCUCUCCCUGAGCGGGCUCAACGCCACGGUGGAGGGGCUGCAGGACGCUCUGGACCAGCAGGACGCCCGGCAGCGCCAGCUGGGUGCCGUCACUGACCGCAUCGUGUCCGAGCUGGACCAGGCGGCGGCGGCGGCGGCAGCGCGGGAGGCCGAGAGUGAGGAGCGGCUGGAGGCGCUGGCGCGGGAGCUGGCGCGCACCGGGGGCUGCCCUGCCGGCCUGGAGCCGCGCGUGGCCAAGCUGGAGGGUGUCUGUGAGCAGCUGGAGGCCGUGGCAGGCGGGCUGCGGGGCGUCCGCGAUGGCCUGGGCCGGCACGUGGCCGGGCUGUGGGCUGCGGUGAGGGAGCUGAACGGCACAGCCGGCACCCGGGCGGUGCUGCUGGAGAAGGCGCUGCAGGCGCAGCUCCAGCGCCGCCUCGGAGCCCUCAACACCAGCCUGGAGCACCUGCGUGGGGACGUGCUGAGCCUGACCGCGAGGGACCUCACCGGUCCUCCUGGGCCCCCUGGACCCAUUGGCCCCAUGGGCAAGAUGGGCCCCCCCGGCCCUGCUGGGCCCCCUGGUAAGGAUGGAGAACAAGGCCCCAUAGGCCCCCAAGGGCUGCCAGGAGAGAGAGGUGAUGUGGGGGAGCCGGGCUCUGUGCCCCGUGUUGCCUUCUCGGCUGCCCUCAGCACCCGGCGGACGGAGCCAGGCACCGUCCCCUUCGACCAGGUCCUGCUCAACGACGGUGGUGCCUACGACCCUGAGACAGGCAUGUUCACGGCGCCGGUGAGCGGGCGGUACCUGGUGAGCGCGGUGCUGACAGGACACAAGGGCGAGAAGCUGGAGGCCGUGCUGUCCCGCUCCAACCUGGGCAUUGCUCGCCUGGACUCAGCCGGCUUCCAGCCCGAGGGGCUGGAGAAGGAACCAGUGGCUGCACUGCAGCCCAGCCCUGGCUCGCUCGGCAUCUUCAGCCUCCUGCUGCCGUUGGCGGCUGGCGAGACCCUCUGUGUGGACCUGGUCUCAGGGCGCCUGGCCCAUGCACCCGAUGAGCCCCUCACUGUGUUCAGUGGGGCCCUGCUGUAUGACGCCGAGGAGCCCUAGAGCCACCCAACCCUUGGGAUGCCCCCCAGGCACGGGGGGUCCCCACACCCCACCAGGAACCCCCCCACCUGCCCCAUUAUUUAUCAGCACCCCCUACUCCUCAUUCCCACCCCACUGCCACGUGUCCCAGACCCACACCGCCCACCACAGCCCCCUACUACCCCCCACGAAAUAAAGAUGCGGCACCGGGUUUUGUA